AUGAAUGUUCUACUUCUGUCUUUGCUUGUUAUACAAAAUAUAGUAACCUAUUUAGAUCAAAUAAAAAAUGGUAUAACCGGUCAUUAUAUAGAAGAUCAUAAUAUUAAGAAUGAUAAUUGUAUUAGCUUUUCUGAUUAUGAGAAAUCCAUAAAAAACUUUUCUUUUUCUUCUCAUGCAGAAAAUAAUUAUGAUAAUAUAAUAAAUGAAUAUAAAAAAAUAAAAGACAUUAACAACCAUAUAAAUAUAUUAUCAUCAGUACACAGAAAAGGAAGAAUAUUAUACGACAGCUUUUUAGAAAUAAACAAUUUAGAAAGUGAAAAUAAUGAGAAAGAAGAUGAAUAUGAAGAUAAUGAUGAAAGCUUUUUAGAAACUGAAGAAUAUGAAGAUAAUGAAGAUGAAAAAUAUAAUAAAGAUGAAGAUGAAUAUGCAGAAAGUUUUAUUGAGACUGAAGAAUAUGAUGAUAAUGAAGAAGAACAAUAUAAUAAAGAUGAAGACGAAUAUGCAGAUAGUUUUAUUGAAACAGAACACUAUGAAAAUAACGAUGAUAAAAAUGAAGAAGAUGAAGAAGAAGAAAGUUUUCUAGAAUAUGAUCAAUAUGAUCACCAAGAUAAUGAAGAAGGAGAAGAAGAAGAAUAUAAUGAUCAAGAUAAUGAUUAUGGAUAUAACUUUUUAGAAACUGAUCAAUACGAUGAUAGCGAUGAAUAUAAUUAUGAAGAUUACGACGAAUACGGUGAAAGUUUCCUUGAAAAAGAAGAAAGUGAAGACAUGAAAGAUGAAGAGAUGAAAGAUGAAGAGAUGAAAGAUGAAGAGAUGAAAGAUGAAGAGAUGAAAGAUGAAGAGAUGAAAGAUGAAGAGAUGAAAGAUGAAGAGAUGAAAGAUGAAGAGAUGAAAGAUGAAGAGAUGAAAGAUGAAGAGAUGAAAAAUGACGAGAUGAAAUAUGACGAAUUAAAAAAUGAGGAAGAAAAGAUGGAAGAUAUCUCUUAUGAUGAAUUCAUGGGAUAUAAAAAGAAGGAAAAAAAAGAAUCAAAUAAUAAAGCAUCCGACAGCUUCCUUGAAAAUGAUUUACAAGAAAAUUCUGACAAUGAAUUACAUAAUAACUUUGAAUCAAAAAAAAAUGUAGAUAAUGAAAAUAUUUUCUAUGGUUAUAAUGAUAAUGAUGAUGAAAGCUUUUUAGAAACUGAUUCAUAUGAAGAAUAUGAAGAUGAAGAUAAAGAUGUUGAAGAUGAUUAUGAAGAAAGCUUCUUACAAAAUGACGAGAAAAAAAUGGUCUUUUAUGAUUUAUACAAACCAGAAGAAAAUGAAUCAUAUUAUGAAAAGAAAAAACAAGAAGAAGAAAAAGAACACGAUAUGGAAGACCAAGAAGAUAAUGAUGAAGAUAAAAAUGAUCUUUUAGAUGUAGAACAAGAUGAAGAAGAAACAAGUGAAGCAAAAGAAAAAGUAAAAGGAAAAUCAUUUGAUAAUGAACAUUUGAAUGAAAUACAAAACGUUAGCAAUGUGCAUGCAUUUAUACAAAAAGAUAUGAAAUAUUUAGAUGAUCUCUUAGAUGAAGAACAAACUAUUAAAGAUGCUGUCAAGAAAAGUGGUUAUAGAGUAAAUAAAAAAUUAGGAAAUAAUAAAAAAUCACAAAUGAUACUAGAAGAAGAACCAGAAGAAAAUUUUGAAGAAGAAGCUGAUGAAGAAUUAAAUAAACUAAUGGAACAAGAAAAAAAUAUUGUAGAUAAAGAAAUUAAAAAUAGUAAAACACAUAAAACCAACAAAAAAUUACAAAUGAAUAACAAUAAUAAUAAUAAUAAUAAUAAUUAUAAACAAAAGAAUAUGUAUAUGAAAAAUGAAUAUAAUAAUAAGAUGACAAAAAAUAAUAAAAAAGAAAAAUAUGAUGAAUCAUAUAUGGAUGAAGAUUAUGAACAAAAUGAAGAAUUCAAUGAAAAUAAUCUAAACGAAGAUAUGAAAGAAACAAAUGAACUAGAAGAUAUUAAUGAUGAACUCUUAACUGACCAAGGAGUAAAUGAAGAUACAUUAUUAGAAAAUAAUAAUAAAUUUUUUGAUCCAAAAUUUGUACCACACAAAAAAAGAGAAAAAAGUAUAUCCCCACACACACACCAAAACGUAUCUACUAAAAUGCAAAACAAGGAAGACAUGGAAAAUAAUGAAGCCGCUAUGACUGCUGAGGAAUUAAUCGAAUUAGAAAACACAGAAGAGAUAAAUACACCAACAAUGGUAGAAACAGAAGAAAUAAAUUCUGAUGAAAACGGAGACAAAUCUAGCAGUUCAAUAUCGUUCAUUAGUUCUAUAGUAUUCCUUAUGGUUACCAUUUUAUAUAUUAUGAAUUAA